AAUAUAAUAGAAUAUAGAAUCAAUAUAUUAUUUUCUCAAUGCCGAAGUAUGAAAUCAAAAAAAGCAAACGUAGCCUGGGGGAAGGAGGAUCAAUGUUAUGUGAAGGAUUUGAGUCUUCUGUGGUUGGAGGUGUAUUUCAAAUUAAAAAGGGAUUAAGCGUGCCAGUCAUUCUGUGUUGUUUUAAAGCCAGAUAUCCCAGCUUUUGUGUUCUCACUGCUGUUCAUAAUUCCCAAAGACAAUUAGGAGAAACGAAGGCCUGAGCCUGCAGUUUUUCUGUGCAGGAGUAGGUCUGCCCAGCUGGAAUAAACUGCAACAUUGGAGCCUGAGGAAAGAGUGAAACAAACAAACAUGUGAUUGUGUUCCAACAGCCUUUGCAACAAUGUCCUCUUGCUUGUAGAAGCGUCAUGACACACAGCAGCAUCAUGGUGGAUGUAGGCAAGUGGCCAAUAUUUACCUUACUGUCCCCCCAAGAGAUUGCUUCCAUUCGGAAAGCGUGUGUGUUCGGAACGUCGGCCAACGAAGCCAUUUACAUCACGCACAAUGAUGAGGUAUUUGUUUUUGGACUGAAUUGCAGUAAUUGUUUGGGAACUGGAGAUAAUCAGAGCACGAUAGUACCAAAGAAAUUAGAAGCCUUAUGUGGAAAGAAGAUCUCCAGUCUCAGUUACGGAAGUGGACCCCAUGUUGUUCUUUGUACUGAAGAUGGUGAAGUGUAUGCUUGGGGACAUAAUGGUUACAGCCAACUUGGAAAUGGCACAACCAAUCAGGGCAUUACUCCUGUUCAAGUUUGCACAAAUCUCUUAAUAAAGAAAGUGGUGGAAGUAGCUUGUGGCUCUCAUCAUUCCAUGGCGCUCUCAUUGGAUGGGGAUCUGUAUGCUUGGGGCUACAAUAACUGUGGUCAAGUUGGAUCUGGAUCUACAGCCAACCAGCCAACUCCUCGCAGAGUUUCCAACUGCUUGCAGGGUAAAUUUGUAGUUGGCAUUGCUUGUGGCCAGACCUCCUCCAUGGCCGUAGUAAACAACGGUGAGGUUUAUGGCUGGGGUUACAAUGGCAAUGGUCAGCUCGGCCUGGGAAACAACGGCAAUCAGCUGACGCCGUGCAGAGUGGCAGCGCUGCACAGCGUGUGUGUGCUCCAGAUUGCCUGUGGCUAUGCACACACUCUAGCACUAACAGAUGAGGGCUUGCUCUAUGCCUGGGGAGCUAACACUUACGGGCAGCUGGGGACUGGCAAUAAAAGUAACCAGCUCAGCCCAGUGCAGAUCAUGAUGGAAAAAGAAAGGGUUGUGGAGAUCGCAGCCUGCCACUCUGCGCACACGUCGGCUGCCAAGACGCAGAGUGGCCAGGUGUACAUGUGGGGCCAGUGCCGGGGCCAGUCCGUGACCUUCCCCCACCUCACCCACUUUGCCUGCACUGACGAUGUGUUCGCCUGCUUCGCCACCCCCGCCGUCAUGUGGCGCCUGCUCUCCGUAGAGCAUGAAGACUUUUUAACAGUAGCAGAGUCUCUGAAGAAAGAGUUUGACAGCCCGGAAACCUCAGACCUGAAGUUCCGUGUGGAUGGAAAGUACAUCCAUGUCCACAAAGCUGUUCUGAAAAUCAGGUGUGAACACUUCAGAACGAUGUUCCAGUCAUACUGGAAUGAGGAUAUGAAGGAGGUGAUAGAAAUAGACCAGUUUUCGUACCCUGUGUAUCGUGCCUUUCUCGAGUACUUGUACACGGACAGCGUUGACCUUCCGCCUGAAGAUGCAAUAGGGCUUUUGGAUUUGGCUACUUCAUACUGUGAAAACAGACUGAAAAAACUGUGUCAGCACAUUAUCAAGAGAGGAAUUACUGUGGAAAAUGCAUUUUCAUUGCUCUCUGCUGCUGUCAGAUAUGAUGCAGAGGACUUAGAGGAAUUCUGCUUUAAGUUUUGUGUCAAUCAUUUGACAGAAGUGACACAAACUACAGCAUUUUGGCAAAUGGAUGGUCCCCUGCUAAAGGAAUUCAUUGCUAAAGCCAGUAAAUGUGGAGCCUUUAAGAACUGAAAAAAUGAGGCCGUAAGUCACGAUGUUUGUAGGGUUCUUUUUGCAGCCACAACAGAACUGUGUGGGUCAAGGCAAGUGUUACGUGCACCAGAGGCCCUGAAAUGCCACAGUGAAAACAAAUGUUUCCAGUGCUCAGAGUGAACUGUUGUAAAAACAUCAGGCAAAAUACUCACUUGCAUUUAGCAAACCCAGAUGGUGGAACCAGCUCAAGAUUUCAGGCAGAGAGGAAAUGCUGCAGUGUGCAAAGGAUUCUGGCUGGUGUUCUGGACUUGCCUUUCCAGCCUAGGAAUCUCAGUUCUAGAACUGCCUGCUCAUAUUUCCAAUUUACUGUUUGGGGUUGGAAAAUAAUCUGACCUGAGCCACUGAAUGAUGUCACUUAAAUCAUUAAAUCCCUGGGAUUAUAGAGGAGCAAAUGGUGCUGUUCUCUCUUCCUGCAUUUGCAUGACUGUGAAUGAAUUGGCCAUUUGCUGUGUGUAAUUAACCAAGUGUAUCCAGUGCUUCAAGUGUGCAAAAAUAAUGUAUCCUCAAAGCCUACGCAAGUGACUUUGAAGAAAGGAGUUACUAGGAAAACUAAUUUGAAGUAAAUCUCUAUAUUUGGGUAUAUUUUAAUAUAAGCUGUAAUGUGUACUUUGUGUAAUCUGUUCAAGCAAUAUUUAUAAUGCUUAAUGGAAAUAAUUCCCUCUUCAGUGACUUCAGCUCACAUUGGUUCCCUCUGCAGGGGAAGGGAAAGCUGGGUGGGGUUUUGCUUUUAAUUAUUGUCUAAAUUUAAACUACAUGUAAUAAAAUUCACUUUUUUGUA